AUGGAUGACAUCUACAAAGCUGCGGUAGAACAGCUGACAGAAGAGCAGAAAAAUGAGUUCAAGGCAGCCUUUGACAUCUUUGUGCUGGGCGCUGAGGAUGGCUGCAUCAGCACCAAGGAACUGGGCAAGGUGAUGAGGAUGCUGGGCCAGAACCCUACGCCAGAGGAGCUACAGGAGAUGAUCGAUGAAGUGGAUGAGGAUGGCAGUGGUACAGUGGACUUUGAUGAGUUCCUGGUCAUGAUGGUUCGGUGCAUGAAGGAUGACAGCAAAGGGAAGUCUGAGGAGGAGCUUUCUGACCUCUUCCGAAUGUUUGACAAAAAUGCUGAUGGCUACAUUGACCUCGAUGAGCUAAAGAUGAUGCUGCAGGCUACAGGCGAGACCAUCACAGAGGACGACAUCGAGGAGCUCAUGAAGGAUGGAGACAAGAACAAUGAUGGCCGCAUCGACUAUGACGAGUUCCUGGAGUUCAUGAAGGGUGUGGAGUAGAUAGUCACCUUGCCAGAGCUUCCCAUGCCCACCUUCCAACUUCAGCCAGGCCUGGGUGGUGAGCUGAGGCCUGUGCAUGGCCUCAACCCCUGGCUCUUCCUAACUUCCUCCCAGCCUUGUCCUGGAGAAUGCAAAUAAAGCCUUGCUCCCUG